AAUCGUACCUCGUUUCGUUGUUCUGGCCACCCAAACCCUCACCCAUUUCUUAUUCUUUCUCUUGCGCUCUGUCUCUCCUCGCUCUUUACCAAAUAGUCUCUCUGCAAUUCAUCUCUGUCCAUGAAAGCUUCGAAGCCCUGUAAUUCCUGAAACCGUGAAAAUCUCCGUUUUGGAUCUCUUCAGCUUUAAUCUGCAUACUGUGAAACUCUCUUCGAGGUCUCUAAUUCCGUCGGUUUCUGUUUCCUAUCGCGCUCGUUGGCCCUCUGUGUUUCCUUGGAAUCCUAAUUAGAGUCUUACUCACUUUUCGAUCUACUUUCUUGGAUUUCUGACGUUUCUCUGUAGCGAUGGCCGAAGGCAAGGUUGAUCUACCUGAGGAUCUUCUCUCCUUGAAAACGGAAGAUGAUCCGUGGAACACUAAAGAGCAAGUCUCAGGAGGGAAUGAUGAGGAAAAGACACUUGUGGGAUUUCUUGAUGAGUCGAAAGAUCUAGCAGCAUCAGAGAGCAGCAUACCUUUGUCUCCCCAGUGGCUCUAUGCUAAACCGAGUGAGACUAAAUCAGGGAUUUCUAGUGCAUCGGGGGAUGUACGGGUACAAAAUUCUUUGCCUCAUGGAAGCUCCGCAGAUCCUAUUCAGAAAGAGGGUUGGCGUUUAGAUGGAUCUCAGGACAAAAAAGAUUGGAGGAGGGCUGCAACUGAUAUUGAAAGCAGUCGCCGUUGGCGUGAGGAGGAGAGAGAAACUGGCUUACUAGGUAGAAGAGACCGCAGAAAAGAAGAUCGUCGUGUUGACAGUGCUGCUGAGGGUAGAAAUUUGCCUUCCUCUGAUCGGUGGAAUGAUGUAAAUAAUCGUAGUUCUGGGCAUGAAACACGACGAGACAGCAAAUGGUCCUCAAGAUGGGGUCCGGAGGACAAAGAGAAAGAAUCUCGAGCUGAGAAGAGGAUGGAAGUUGACAAGGAAGAUGUUCAGGGUGACAAGCAAUCUUUUGUUGGCAGCAUUCGUGCUGCUCCUGAGCGUGAAACUGAUUCUCGUGAUAAAUGGAGGCCACGACACCGGCUAGAAAUUCAUUCAGGUGGAUCAACUGUGUAUCGUGCUGCACCCGGAUUUGGGCAAGAGAGAGGACGGAUGGAGGGUUCCAGUGUGGGAUUUGCUCCAGGACGAGGGAGAUCAAACAUCGUAGGAAGCCUGUCACUUAGUAGGCCUCCCUCUACAGGUCCUAUUGGUGCUCCUCUAGAUAAGAAUGAAAAUAUACAUUGGAGAUCUGGCCUUGCUGUGGAUAUGUUUUGUUACCCAAGGGGAAAACUUCUUGACAUUUACCGUAAGAAAAAGCUUGUUUCAUAUUUUGAUGCACGACCUGAUGGGUUGCAUGAAGUUCCCACAGUAACUCAGGAAAGACCUGUUGAGCCUUUGGCCUUUGUUACACCUGAUGGUGAAGAACAGGCUGUCCUUAGUGAUAUUUGGAAAGGAAAAAUCACUAGCAGUGGAGUUGUAUAUAAUUCAUCUCGAGACAAGAUGGGGAGAUCAAAUGAAAAUUCGACAGGUGUUGGACUUCUUACAUCGUCUGAAAGCAAGCAAGAAAUGAUCCUUUCUGUUAGCACUGAUGAGUCCAAUGAAUGCUUUGCAAGUACUGCAAUCAAUGAUGCUUGUCAAGGAAAUGCUUCCCAAAAUGCUGUUUUUGAUGAAAAAGAUUCUUGUAUUGAGAAAAGUGAAACUAAUGUUUUGGUGGUGAAUGGUGGGGCACAAUCUGAUGGCUUGAGUGUGGCAGUUCCAAGGAACAAUGAUGUUUCCAAUGCUGGAGCUUUUGGUGAUGCUCACCAUGAUGCUAAAAGUGGUGAAAAUCGCCAAUCAGAAAAUUCAGCUUUCGCCAAGCACCAUGGUUUAGGAGGCAUUAUGUCUGCUACUAGUUUUGAUAUUAGUAGCAAGCUUCCUGAUGAUUCAAGUUCCCUGUUUGAUCUGUCUUAUGUCCAGCCGGCUUCUAGUAGUCAUGAACAGUACUUAAAGAGCAAUGAUGAAGGAAAACUUUUAGAAAGUGAUACCCCUCCCGAAGAACUGAGUUUGUACUACCGUGAUCCUCAAGGAGAGAUCCAAGGACCAUUUCUAGGAGUUGAUAUCAUUUCAUGGUUUGAGCAGGGCUUUUUUGGGACAGAUUUACCAGUCUGUCUGUCAGAUGCUCCAGAAGGGACGCCUUUUCAAGAACUUGGGGAAGUCAUGCCACGAUUGAAGACCAAAGUUGAGCCCUUUUCUAGUACCAAUAUGGCUAUUCAGCUUGAACCUUCUGAUGCUACUAGAGGCAGUGUGAGCUCUGCUCCUGCACCUGCACCUGCACCUGCACCUGCACCUCCACCUGCUCCUGCUCCUGCUCCUGCUCCUGUCUCUGCCCCUGUUUUUGGGGGUUCAGUUGGCAUAGAUGACCGGAACUGGAUGUCUUCUGAAUUUGAAGGUCUUACAGGUCACCAUAUGCACUCGAUAAUAUCUAAACAUGAUAAUACUAUGGAACCUCGUUAUUCUGAGGGUCAAAGCUUUUGUGAUUUUGUUGCACAAGAUGAGGAAGUUGUGUUUCCUGGAAGGCCUGGAAGCAGUAGUGGAAAUCCUAUUGCAAAGCCUUCUGCUAACAUUUGUGAUAUGUUGCCGAAUGCUGCCAGCCAUCCUUUUCUUUCAAAUGACUUGGUUGAAAACACAAUGCCAAAUCACCAGGACAGCAAGUUGCAUCCUUUUGGCUUGUUAUGGUCUGAACUUGAUGGUCCUCAUCUGAGGCGUAUGCAGUCAUCUAACAUGUCUUCUGGAGUAGGUGAUCAGAACCACCUUAUGAAUCCUCUUGUUGGAAGAGAUGCACCUUCCGCCAGUAAUAAGCAGAGCUCAUAUGGUGCAGUGGUUGAUUCCUCUCUUGUUGGGGAUACAUGGUCUGAUGGCUAUAGAAGAAAUACAGUUUCAAACGGCAAUUUACAUAAGGAUGCCCUAGAUCUCCACCUAUCACACCUGGAACAAGAAUCCAAUCGCUUUGAUCUAUCUGAGCACUUGAUGUCACAACAGUUGCAAAAGCAAGCACUACAGCCACAAAAUCUUGCGUCUCAUCCUGCUUUACACUUGAAUGGAUCGGUUUUUGAGCAGGUUCCAGGUUCUGGUCUAUCUCAGAGCAGGAAUCCUGUUCGCCACCAACAGUCAGCAAUGCCUGAUUUGGAGCAUCAUUUAAAGCUUCAACUUCAACAGCAGCGACAGUUUCAGCUCCAGCAGCAACAGCAGCAGCAGUUGCAACAGCAACAACAGCUUCAUCACCAACAAAUGCAAUUACAGCAGCAACAGCAGCAACAAUCUCAAGUUCGACAGUUGCUUCUUGAACAAUUGCUGCAUCAUCAAAUGCAUGAUCCUGGCUUUGCUCAAUCACGUGUGGAUCCUGCAAGAGGUAACAACAUGCUUGAUCAGGCUUUGUUCAGGCAGCACCUCUUACAUGAACUGCAACAACAUUCCCAGCCUCUUCCCAGGCAUCCUGAUCCAUCUCUGGAGCAGCUCAUCCAAGCAAAAUUUGGUCAGAGCCAACAGAGAGAACAUCACAAUGAUCUAUUUGAGAUUCUAUCGCGUGCGAAGCAUGGGCAAAUGCUCUCUUUGGAACAACAACUUCUUCUUCAGCAAGAGCAGCUGCAGGCAAGACACCUUUCUAUGGCAUCAAGGCAGCAGACAGGGAUGGAAGAAGAGAGACGCAUUGGUGGUGGGGUCUGGUCCGUGGAUGAAACUGGCCAGUUUGUUAGAAGCACCCCAAGUACUCACCAGGCUCAGACUGCAGGUUUUGGUCCAUUGGACUUCUACCAGCGACAGCAGAGGCCUUCCUCCUUUGAGGAUCAACUAAGCCAUCUUGAGCGGAAUCUUGCAGUACAGGAUAGGAUGCAGCGAGGCUUUUAUGAGCCCGACCCACUGCAGAGGUCAAUGUCUUUGCCUCCUGGGUCUCAUGGAGUGAACCUGGAUGUUAUUAAUGCUCUGUCUCGUGCUCAAGGUCUAGACUUACAAGAGCGACUCAGUCAUAUGCACGCAAGCGGUCAAGUGGGUUCAUUUUCUUCUGGUGUUCACUCUCAUCACCCACAAGUCACAAACCAGUUUCAUGCUUCACAUUCAGAUGCAAUAGAGAGCCGCUGGUCUGAGAGCAAUGGGCAGGCAGCAAAUAGCUGGAUAGAAUCCAGGAUUCAGCAACUGCAUCUUGAAGCAGAGCAUCAGAAAAGGGAGUUAGAAUUUAAUGCAUCUUCUGAGGACCCAGGUUCAUGGGCAUCAGCUGAAAUAAGUGAAAACAAUCCACAACGAUUGCUGUUGGAUAUGCAUCAGAAACUGGGAAUUCAUCCUUCCCAGUCAUUAGAAAUGGGUGAUGGUGGUCCCACAUCACUUGAAAUAAGAGAACCCUCUUGGCUCUUUUCUAGCUCAGGUUAUUUGGAUAAUCGGAUCAAUUUCCUCACAGAUUCACAGCCUGAUCUACAGCCUGGUCUGAACAAUUCUUUUGUGGAGGGGUCUCGUGGGUCUAAAUCAGGCAACGCUUCACAGGAUCGGUUGUUAAAUGUGAGCAUGGAUGAGCAGUCUAGUAAUCUAGAAAGCAGUGAAAGAUUAUCUGUCAGGUCUAAUUCUGGAGCCCUGAUUGACGAAGAGCAGCUUUUUCGUGGCAUGAAUGAGAGUUCUCAACCCUUUUAUGCAGAUUCUAACAUUAGUGGUAAGUUAUCUGUAGAUAGGGACUUAUCAGAAACUAAGGAUGGGAAGAAGGGGAAAAAGCGGUUGUCCAAAAGUAAGGUGGCAACCACCAAGUCAGUCUCGGAGAUUCAAGAAAACAUGGAUGAGCAAGCAGGAGUGGCUUCUGUAGAUCGUGCAGAUGUGCCAAUUAAUGCCCCUAUCAGGCAUACUUUACUUGGUAGUGCUGGUGGAAAUGUGGGGCACUACAACUAUGAGAUGGGAGUGGGCAGCACAUACGGCGAAGAGAUGGCUAAGGACAGGGUAUCAUCUUUGCUAUGUAGAGGGAUGGAUAACUCAUUGGCUAAACGUCCACCUGUCUCACGUGUUUUGUCAUCUCAUGAUGCACUGUCUGAGCUUGCCUCUCCUGGAUCCGUGAAAGGGAAAAUUGUGAUGAAUUUUGCUGCUCCUGAUGAGGGGAGACGGGAUUCUGGAGGGAAUCUAGCAAGCCAGGUUUCUGAAAAUCCUGCAUCUGGUAAGAAAGAUGUGCGUUUUCGGCGGACAUCAUCUUGCAGUGAUGCAGAUUCGUCAGAGACCUCAUUUAUAGACAUGCUUAAAAGCACUGCUAAGAAGCCCAUGUUGCCAGAGUCUGAUACCAUGGCUGGAGCCUCAGAGACAUCUGACGGCACACAAGGGAGCCGGAGUGGUAAAAAGAAAGGGAAGAAAGGGAAGCAAAUUGAUCCUGCUCUCCUUGGUUUCAAGGUCUCUAGCAAUCGAAUCAUGAUGGGUGAGAUUCAACGCCUCGAAGAUUGACCAGUGUCAUCUAGCUGAGUUUUUUGUGUUGCCAAUACCCCGUCAAACUGUACAGGGCCUCAAUCUUUCAUGUAAAGCAUUGGCGGGUAAGGCUAUUCUUUAAUUUGUUUCCAUUCUCUUUUAUCCUUCAUGUCGGGCAACAGCCUGAUUCAAUUUUGGAAAUCUAGGGAACCCCAGAAAGAGUGAUAUAUUGUAGUUUGAAGAGAGUUUUGUAUAGAUGUAAAGAAUGUUUAUAGGAAAAUUAACUAAUGAAGAGUUGCUGGUCUUAAACCACCAGUUUUCUUUU